UGUUUUAGGAGCUUCAUCUAAAUGCGCAGCGCAUAUCAGGGAACAUUGCGAGUCUGCGCAGAGAGUCGCCCGGUGUUGCAACACAAGAGAACAGCGAGUGAUAUCCAGACCACGUUUCUUAGUUUGCAUCUCGGCUUUUCUUUAUUCCUAUCUCUCAUUUCUCACAAUCAGACUGUUGUAAGAAACACAUCCAUCCCCUUAUUUUUGUGGGAGGGAGAACAUUUCUUUGUCUGUUGAACUUGGAAGUUUUUCGGUUCGUCUUGAGGUAAUGUUCGUGCACAAGCGCGCGCCGCAGCCGUGACAGACAGCGCGAGACAGUCUGCAUUCGGCACGUCCUUUAGCGAGACCUCCUGACUACAUGGACGGUUCAAAGAUAAUUUGAAGAACUGCAGCAGUUUUCCAGCGAACCUGUUUACCGUCCUGCACUUUAUAGUUCAUCUCCACAGCUGAUCAGUAUAUAAUCGCAUCAGUGCUCCAGACAAAAUGGCUUCCAUAGAGAGAAAAUGUCAGCACUUGUUUUUGCUCAUCCUUUUGCCUUUGAUCUCAUGCAUGCACCCAGACUGUGUCAUGCAGCUAGAGAAAGAGAAGUGCAUGGAAAGAAUGGCAAUGGAUGAUCCUAACAGUGAACCUGAAUUAGUCUGCAGAUGGAUGUGGGACAAUCUCACCUGUUGGCAGCCGGCAAGAAUUGGUCAGGUUGUCUGGAUGCCCUGCCCUGAUUUAUUUGACUUCAUGAGCCAAGAAAACGAUGUAGACUUUGGAAAGGUGAGUCGUAACUGCACAGAAUACGGCUGGUCAGACAUGUUACCUCACUAUGUUGACGUUUGCCUUUUUAAUGACAAUGGAACAAACCCACAGGAUAUCUACUAUGUGUCAGUAAAGGCUCUGUAUACUGUGGGCUACAGUACAUCACUGGUGUCUCUCACCACUGCCAUGGUCAUUCUCUGCAGGUUCAGGAAACUACAUUGCACCAGAAAUUUUAUUCAUAUGAACCUGUUUGUAUCCUUCAUCCUGAGGGCAAUCUCAGUCUUUAUUAAAGACGGUAUUUUAUAUGCAGAGGAGGACAGCAACCAUUGCUUCAUGCACACCAUGGAGUGCAAGGCGGUGAUGGUAUUUUUCCAUUGUUGCGUUCUGUCAAACUACUUUUGGCUGUUUAUAGAGGGCCUGUACCUUUUCACUCUACUUGUUGAGACAUUCUUUCCUGAGAAAAGAUACUUCUACUGGUACACCAUUAUUGGAUGGGGUACUCCAGCGAUUUGUGUGACAGUCUGGGCUGUCCUUAGAGCUCAUUUUGAUAACAUUGGGUGUUGGGACAUUAAUGACAAUGCUGCCAUCUGGUGGGUUAUCAAGGGUCCUGUUCUUGCCUCUAUCAUGAUUAAUUUUCUACUCUUCAUUGGCAUCAUUAUAAUCCUGGUGCAAAAGCUUCAAUCUCCAGAUGUUGGAGGGAAUGAAUCCAGCAUUUAUCUGCGUCUGGCCCGUUCCACACUUCUACUCAUUCCCCUGUUUGGAAUCCAUUAUACUGUGUUUGCUUUUACACCAGAAGAUGUCAGCAAGAGAGAAAGACUUGUGUUUGAACUUGGUCUUGGCUCAUUUCAGGGUUUUGUAGUAGCUGUCCUUUACUGCUUUCUUAAUGGAGAGGUGCAGUCAGAAAUCAAACGGAAAUGGCGCAGCUGGACGGUGAACCGCUACUUCGCUGUGGAUAUGAAGCACAGGCAUCCGUCCCUGGCCAGCAGUGGCGUGAACGGAGGCACCCAGCUCUCCAUCCUCAGCAAAAGCAGCUCACAAAUUCGCAUGUCCAGCCUGCAGGCUGAAACUCCGGCCACAUGAGA